AUGAGAAUCUAUAACUCUUUCUCUGAAAAUUCAUUGUGGAAAGAUGAAUUUUUGAAUGUUAAACCUUAUCCAUUAACGUUGGAUCUUGAUGAAUUGAUUUCUCCUGCAAGUCAUUCACGUCGUGUAAUACAAUACGAAAGAAACCCGACUUCCUCGGAUCCACCACGUCCAUUAAACGCAUUUUUCUUAUAUCGUAAAGACUUUAGCGCAAAAUUAAGAAAAGAAGGAAUUAAAAUGAAAAAUGGUGAUGUUUCUCACCUGGUAUCUGAAGAAUGGAACAAACAACCGAAAGAAGUUCUUCUUCAUCUGCCUUUAGAUGAAAUGGUAGUAAAUGAACAAGAAAAUGUUAAUAAUGAUAUCUUACUUUCAUUAUUUCCAGAAUUAUCAAAUCUGUUUGUUGAUAACUCGUUCCCAAAUUUUCCGUUGUUUCCUGAAUUAUCCAAUAUAAACGCAGAUAAUAUUCCAAUUGAGAAUAUUAAUGUUGAUAAUUCAUUCCAAAAUUUCCCAUUAUCACCAGAAUUACCAAAUAACAUAGAUUUCGACAUCUCAAUGCUCCCAUUACAAAAUUUCCCGUUAUCUCCAGAAUUACAAAAUAACAUAGACUUUGACAUUUCAAUGCUCCCAUUACAAAAUCUCCCGUUAUCCCCAUUAUCUCCCGAUUUUUUAAAUAAUCUAAAUGUCAACGAUAAUUCUUCAAUGCUCCCAGGUUAUCUUAUGAAUGUCGAUAUGAAUUUCGAUGAUUUCCAACUUUAUCCCGAUUAUGACUUUUUUUAUCUUUAUGAAAAUGAAAUUAUCGAUAACCAACUGUUACAAGAUUUUACGAAUUUCGAUGUUCAACAGUAA